UUUGGGUCCGGCUCACCAGGGACAGUGCACUCAGCUGCUCGGAACCAUGACUGAAGAUGACGGAUACAGUUGUCGCGGAGGGACAAGUAAAGUUUAGAGAUGGAAAAAAGUGGAAGACGCGUUGGGUUGUGCUCCGAAAGCCCUCUCCAGUUGCAGAUUGUCUGUUCCUGUUGGCGUAUAAAAAGGAGAAGAAGAAAGGAAAGAAGGGGAUUGGUCAGAAGGAGAGUUUAACACUAGAGGGCAUCUGUGGAGUAGAGCCAGGCCCUGGGUUUGAUGGCGUGUCCUACAGUCUGUCUGUCCUGUGCCUGUCCCACACUCUGGUCCUGGGCUUCAGCAGCAGAGAAGCACUGCUGGCCUGGGACGCUCGCAUAUGCUUCCACCUCGGAGAAGUCCACAGGUUUAGUGUGAGUGUGGAGCCGGGGUCUAAACUGGAGACCGGGCCCGCCUCGCUUCACCUGUGCAACAGCCUUCUGGUCCUCACUUCAGGUCUACCUCCCGUGGUCACAGGACACUGGAAACUCUCUGCCCUCAGACGAUAUGGAGCCGUACCCAAUGGAUUUGUGUUUGAGGGGGGGACUCGCUGUGGCUACUGGUCCGGAGUGUUCUAUUUGUCGUGCUCAGAAGGGGAGCAGAUCAGUCUCCUGGUUGACUGUAUCGUGAGAGGCAUCGGCCUGAAUAGGACCCCACAAGGUUUACGUCCUGCCAAUCCAGCUGAUGCUAAUCCAGUUUCGGCAGAAGAACGAAUCCUCCAGGAAACAUCAGAUCUGGAGAAGAGACUCAGCAGGUUGUCCAACUGCAGCCUGGCCAGCAGCACAGCCUCCACUUUUAGCUGUAGUACAUCUGUUGCUGGAGAUGACCACAGCAGUAUCUCCAGCUCCUCCUCCAGCCAAUCAGAGGCCAGCUACGGACCAAGACUUCCCCUUUGGCCCGAGUCCCUAUCCAGGCUUCACUCCGCCAAUGAUACAGCAUCCAGUAGUUCUACAUUGAAAGCACUGACAGCUUCAGAUGAUCGCUUGUACGCUGCGGCAACAGGAAAUGCAGGGCCACGCCCGUCUUCGGCUCAGCUUCACUCUCGUGGUCUCCAUGACAGCGGGCGGCAAAGCUCAUUGGACAGUGGAAUCGGCAUCGCAGCGAGCAGCCAAUUAUCAGGCAGCUUCUCGUCAUAUACAGGAAGUCUGGAUGCCACCGUUGCCCAAGGAGGGGAAGAGUUUGGAUCUGAGCCCAGUUUAGCUUUGCCUCAACCUUUAGCUGCUGCACCCCUCACGCCACCCCCUCCUCCCACAGAGGCUGCACCCACCCCUGUCACACCUGUCCCAGACUCCACCCCUUCCACCUGCCCCUCCUCCAGGUGUAGCACUCGUAUAUCACAGAGACACAGUGAUGAAUACCAUAUACCUAGCAUGCUAAAACUACGCUAUGACACCCCUAAAAGCUUGUUAUCUCUUCGGGACACCCCUAACACCCCCUCUGAACUGGGCCGGGACACUUCGAAUACUGAGGAUUUUUGGUGGAGUGGAGGCCCACCAAAAGUUAUAAAUCAGCGCUCCAACUCAGGGGUCAGUGAGCGACAAUCUACAAAUAGACCACAGUCAGUUGCAGCUUGCUUAUUCAACGGAAAAACACAGUGUGGUCACGCUUCGGACAAUUACAUCACCUCGGAGCAGUGGCGCGCGGUCGGAAUCACUUCCUCGAGAAAGGUUGAGAAGUCAGCACCAGAGCGAACCACACACAUAUCUAAACCAGAUGAACAGAACUAUGGGGCUCUAGGCAAUAUGUUGGCAGGACUCAAACUUUCUAUGCCCUCUUCUCCACCACCUGCUCCUCUCGCUGUGCCCACCCGGCCCGUAACAGCCUGUGGUAUUUUUCGACCCGACAGUAAAGCCUCCACCUUCCUGGACCCCAGCCUGUACCUCCAUAACACAGUUCAUUAUGUCAACCUUCCCUUUAGCUCUAUGUUAGCCAACAGAGACCUCCUGUGCUCCAGUCCUGCUGCGAUACCCAAUCUGCAAGUCGCUCAUAGAGUUCCUCCACCUCUAGAGGGCUCCACCAGUGCUACUGCCCACCUCAACCCCAGUCCCAUGGAGACGGCUCAGAGAGGGGCAGAGUCCGUUCAGGGUGGAGGGGGGAGACCGUGGGACAGACUGACUCAGAGCAGAAAACCUGGGACCCCACAGUGACCCCUCCUGCCUCACCCCCACUUGUUUGAGUGGCACAGAGACUUCCAUGACUCAUCCAUUCCUAUUUAUACUAUCCUCACUCUGCAGCUUAAACUUCAGUGUGUCUUCAAAACAAAAGCACUCACAAUUCUUAUCAGUUUGUUCAAUAUAGAAAAACAGUAGCUGCUUGACUAUGACGUGUCUUGGUAAGCUCUUUCAGUCUUUUGUAUUCUCUUAGGUUAAGCUUGUAUAAAAUGUUUGCUGCUGGUAGUUCACCAAACAUCUCUCAGGCCAAACAUUAUGACCAUUUGCAUUUUUUUAGCCGAAAAUGAAAGAAAAAGUCCAGUAUCAAUAAUUGUACAAUUGACUCAAACGCAGCCUUCCCACCCUCCUUGAUCAAUGACUUUCAAUGAAUUUUGUAAUUACUUUUCUUUAAACCAGAAAUUCUUACAGAUUUAUAAUCCAUAUUAGAAGGGAGCUGGCCAUAAGUCCCAACAGUCAGUUUU